UAGCAAAAUCGCGAACGCAUGAGCAAAAUGGCUCUAUAUAAUAGCAUUAUUGUUAUGUGACUGAAUAGGAAUAAGUGUUAUCGUAAAUUCAUUGUUUCUGUAGUAGACAAUCACGAUGCCACAGCACCAUAGGAAAAAGAAAAAGGGCAAAGCAAAAAAGAAAAAAGUACGGACUACCUGCGCAGCCUCUGCACCUACUCCACCAUCGUCGGAAACAACCCUUUCAACGCCCGAAUCAAGUUCAUCGUUAUCCCAAGCCAUUGAACAGCCGCCUGCAGUUGAUGCAUCGGAAUCCAAGUCGGCCUUCAAGCCUCCUCAAACACCACCCAUCCAUGGUCCACCGAUGCCCAGUUUUCCAAAACCGCCAUCCAGACCGCCGCCAUCGUUGUCCGCAUGCAUCCAUCAGGCCUCAGAACCUGGUCCAUCGAUGCCCAGAUUUCCCAAACCACCAACCAGACCGACAACAUCAACAACCAAUCCAUCUGGAUUGGAUCGGAAAACAUUGACGCUAGAUGAACUCAUCAAAAAAUUCCAGAAGUUGGUGAUACCGGAAUCCGGAAUAUUUCCGGAUAUCCACAAGAGCAAACGAGCUAGGAGAACAAUCAGGGAACAAUCGAAAUUCGGGAAACAUUUUCCUCUGAAAUUUGGAAAUUCGCUAACCGAUAAAAAACCGAAAACUCUUGAUAAUCAACAACCACCUCCCAGUCAAACACCUCAGGAAGGCAUGCCGAGACAAUCUGGGAUAUCACCAACUAUCCAUAACAAUGAAUGGGCUACGAACAUCAUCAGAGAGCAACCAAAACCCGGAAAACUGAUCCCUUCAACUGGAACAAUACCGAAAUCGACUCAUAUUCCACAACGAUCUAGGCGGGUAUGUCCGGAAAACGCAUUCAGCCAAUCAGGAACAUCGGCGAACAUUCUCAACAAUAAAUAUGUAACGAGCAUCACCAGAGCGCAGCCCAAGUCCGGGAAACAAGCUGCUGUUACGUUUGAAAAUACUACGACUGAAAGAGUUCCAAAAACUUCUCACAGUCCACAACCAUCUGAACAGGUGCCCCAGGAAAGUUUACCUAGUCAGUCAGGAGUAUCAUCGGAGAGCCGCAAGAACAAACGUGCUAAGAGAGCAGCCAGAAAAUCAAAACAAGCUGAAGAUCCUGCAACUGAAAAAAAACCGACUCCUUCUUACAAUCCACAACCAUCCGGGCAGGCAAACCUACCCAACCAAUCAGGAACAUUACGGGGCAUCGCCGAAGGAAAGCACCAGUCCGAAAGACAAAUUCUCCCGAAGUUUGACAACACCUCAAUAGAACGACUACCCCUACCGACUCUCCAUUCACCUCCUCUUGACGAAGCGUCAUUCGAGGAAACUAUGCAAGAAAUCGAGGCUCUAGUGCGCGAUCGAUUUAGCGAGCCGGUACAUCAAUCAGACAUUGAAACACUGAAUGAAAAAUCUCAGCUGAUGUGUGAUAUGAAAUACAUAAGUGAACUUAUUUAUCAGAAGAUCGGAUAUGGAGUGGAAUAUGAAUUCGCGCUGCCGACAAUGCUCGCUAAUGGUGAUGAUAGAGUUGAUGAACAUGACGAUCGCUUGAACGACGAAGAACCCAAAGAUGAUAAUGAAGAUGAUGACGAACCGUUUCAAGCGGAAGAUGAAAACCCCAACGAUAAUGACGAGGCCCAAAGCGGCUGAGAUAGUAGUUUUUGCAACGGACAAUGUUUAAUAGAAUGCAAUUUGAAAAACAAUCUACUGUUUGUCUUUCAUGAUAAUAGUAAGGCAUGAUUUUAAUAAAACAUGAUAUGAUCAAUUGAACAUACACAAAGUGA